AUGGCCGCCAACGAGUAUUACCACUCGAACAUCCCUAACCCUCCGAGCUAUGAUCAGGUCGCAGGUCAUUCGGGGGACCGUCUCCAUGUCGCCCCAGGCUACGGCUACGCCACGAGCAAUUACAACCACACCGACCCCUCCGCCCCCUAUCACAGCCGUGAGAGUCAACAAUCUUUGCAAUCAGAAAAUGGUGCCUAUCCGGCAGUUGGGCGUGUUACAGACGGCGACAAUUAUUCAGAGAACAUUCCGUUGAAGGCACAGACCCAGUAUGGGAACAAUCCUGAAUGGAUGCACCAGCAGACUGAGUACCCGCCCUCACCAGGGGCCGUGGAGGACCGUCGGCCACGUCCAAACAGAAAAAAGCCCGGCUUCUUUCAGAAGAAGCCGGCCUGGGUGACUUACACCCUGACGGCGAUUCAGGUUAUCGUCUUUAUCGUGGAACUAGUGAAGAGUGCUCAAUUGACAGGUUCACUUAUUGAGACUAAGCCCAUGUUUAAUCCCAUGAUCGGCCCUUCGCCAUACGUGCAGAUUUACAUGGGUGCACGAUAUGACCCAUGUAUGAAGAGUAUUCCGAACCUUCAGAACAACACCGUGCCCGUCUACUUGCCAUGCCCUAACACUACUACCUCUGCAUCCGAAUGCACAUUGUCGGAGUCCUGCGGGAUGGGCGGAGUGCCCAACCCCAAAGUGGGUGGCUCGCUGGAUGACAGUCCUUCGCCGAACCAGUGGUGGCGGUUCAUUACCCCUAUAUUCUUGCACGCUGGUUUCAUCCACAUCGGAUUUAACCUGCUGGUGCAGAUGACUAUGGGUGCAGAUAUGGAGCGAAUGAUUGGAAUUUGGCGGUAUACCCUGACUUAUAUGGCCAGUGGCAUCUUCGGGUUCGUCUUUGGUGGAAACUUCGCCACACAACUCCAGCCUAGUGACGGCUGCUCGGGCGCCCUGUACGGUAUUCUGGCUCUUUACCUGCUGGACCUGUUUUAUGACUGGCCACAGCGUGAAUCUCCGUGGGUAGAGUUGCUCAUCAUGAUUCUGGGUGUGGUCGUCUCCUUUGUUCUCGGCCUGCUUCCAGGUCUGGAUAACUUCGCCCACAUUGGCGGGUUCAUCAUGGGUCUGGCUAUUGGACUUUCUAUCAUGCGCUCCCCGAACGCUCUGCGGGAACGAAUCGGGCUGGCACGCCAGCCAUACGUCGCCAUGUCUGGCGGUGCCGGCCAGGCUGCCCCCGCCGCCGAGAACCGGAAGACGACCAACUUCACGGACUUCUUCAAAGGGAGGAAGGGCAUUGUUUCGUCAUCCGAUGAUAAUGCCGAUUCCAAGAGCCCGCUCCGCUUUCUCAAGGGCCGCAAGCCUCUGUGGUGGGCCUGGUGGCUGGUUCGCACGGGCGCCCUGGUCGCCGUGCUCGUUGCAUUUAUUAUGUUGAUUGUCGAUUUCUACAAAUACCCCUCGCCAAGAUGCUCCUGGUGCUACCGCUUAAGUUGUCUGCCUGUCAAUGGCUGGUGCAAUCAGGAUACCAUCAAAAGCGGUGGCAGCAGCGACUAA